AUGUCUCUUACGCUGCAACCCGACCACUUCCAACACAUUGUGCGUCUGCUCAACACCAACGUGGAGGGCAAGCGCAAGGUGCCAUUCGCACUGCGCAUGGUGAAGGGUAUUGGCAUCCGCUUUGCAUACAUGGUGUGCAAGAAGGCCGGCAUUGAUGUGGAGCGCCGCGCUGGUACACUGACCGCUGAGGAGCUCGAGAAGGUCUCUGAGGUCAUUGCCGACCCCGCCAAGUUCAAGAUCCCCAGCUGGUUCCUCAAUCGUCAGCGUGACCCCAAGACGAACAAGACUGAGCAUCUCUCUAGCUCAAUGGUCGACACACGCCUUCGUGAGGAUUUGGAGCGUCUGCGCAAGAACCGUGUGCAUCGUGGUGUGCGUCACGCCUACGGUCUCCGCGUGCGUGGUCAGCACACUUGCACGUCUGGCCGUCACGGCAAGACUGUUGGUGUGUCCCGCACAAAGUAA